AUGAACCAAAAAUGUAUCAGCAUUUGCAAUCCAAUUGAUUUGAUUUUGGAUGGCGGCAUACAAAUUGGAGAGGUGACUGAAAUAUUUGGAGAGAGUGGGGUAGGUAAGAACCAAACAUGCUUGCAGCUUCUGCUUACAUGCUUGUUGGAGCUGAAAGAUGAAGAGUUGUAUGGGUCAUCAAUAUACAUACAAGCUUGUCCGGUGUUCCCGGCUGAAAGACUCAACCAAGUGAGUUUACAUAUAUUGCGUAAUAAGUUGGCAGGUGAAAAUCCACUUAGUUUGGUGCAUGUUAAAAAAAUAGAGGUAGCUGACCAAAUAUUUUUGGUGUUGAACCAAGUGGAGUUAAUGGUGUUGAAUUCUCUUGAAGGAUGUAGGUACACCAGGGUUAUCGUUCUCGAUUCAAUAGCGUAUUUAUUCAGGCAUGAGCACGACAACACAUGCAAACGGUUCAGUGAGCGUAAUAGAAUGCUAUUGGUUGUUGGGAAGAAAAUGAAAGAUAUUGCAAAGACGUACAACAUAGCAUUUGUAGUGGUAAAUGAAGUUACUGAUGUCUUUACACCAAAUGUGUCUGGAACAUUCACUUCUGGUCGUGAAAUUAAGCCAGCUUUAGGACCCAAAUGGGAAACCAUCAUUUCCAAUAGGAUGUUUAUCUCAUAUCAAUACAACUUAAGUGAUGCCUCUUGGUAUCGCGAAUGGAUGGUUGUUAAGAGCUCAAAAUCCACCAUACAAGGUCGUCGUUGUGCGUUCCGCAUAACUAGCAAUGGAUUAACAAGUUUGUAG